GAAGUAAGCUAGCAUUUAUAUAUACCCUAAACGUCGAGCUUUAGAAAACUGUGUGAUGCAUGCCUGCCGCCGUUUCCUUCAGCCUUCCAGGGUUCAUCAAUCCGCCAUCGAUUCCCUCUGUACUUGCUCCUCUAUGUCCGUCAUUCUGACCAUCUAAACGGACUUUCAUUCUGUCCACAUUUCCUCUUGAAAAGCUCCCAGAAAUGCCCGCUGGAGUUCGCCUGUAAGUAUUAUACGUUCGUCCAUCAUAGCGGAUUAAUUGCUUUGUCAAAUUUUCUCAGACGGUUGCGAGAUUGUGCAAUAAAGAGGAGGUGAAGCUAGUUUGUUCUGGUAGUGUGUUUCUGAUGGCCAUGCCGGCAGCAUUUUCGAGACCGAAUCAGUUUCUUGUUCGGCAACCGAACUCUCAGUUUUCUGCCCGUCAUCGGAUUUAUAGUCGGAAUUUGCAGGCUCUUAAGAAUUCUUCACGUUCACUGUCCUUUAGGACGGCGGCGGACCAUGUAUCUCGCAUUUACUGCUGUCAGAAAGAAAGCAUAGUUUCGAAUUCCGAAUCGAAAUCAUCAAUUAGACGUCCGCCGUACAUUCCUAAUCGCAUUCCUGACUCUUCAUAUGUUCGCAUAUUUGAUACCACUCUCCGCGAUGGCGAGCAGUCUCCGGGUGCCUCUCUCACUGCUAAAGAGAAGGUUGAUAUUGCUCGUCAGCUCACCAAGCUUGGCGUCGACAUAAUUGAGGCUGGAUUCCCUGCUGCCUCGAAGGAAGACUUCGAGGCAGUCAAGAUGAUUGCCAAAGAGGUUGGAAAUGCUGUCGAUGAGGACGGAUACGUGCCUGUUAUUUGUGGUCUCUCGAGGUGUAAUGAGAAGGAUAUUCGAACUGCAUGGGAGGCUGUGAAGUACUCUAAGAGACCGCGGAUACAUACCUUUAUUGCAACGAGCGAAAUUCAUAUGGAACAUAAGCUGAGAAAGACGAGGGAGCAAGUGAUUGAAAUUGCUCGAAAUAUGGUGCAGUUUGCACGAAGUUUGGGUUGUGAUGAUGUUGAGUUCAGCCCUGAGGAUGCUGGGAGAUCUGACAGAGAGUUCCUUUAUCAAAUUCUGGGGGAAGUGAUAAAGGCUGGGGCAACUACUCUCAACAUACCAGAUACUGUGGGUUAUACAAUGCCAUUUGAAUUUGGCAAGUUGAUUGCUGAUAUAAAAUCUAAUACUCCUGGCAUUGAAAAUGUUAUCAUUUCAACACACUGCCAGAACGAUCUUGGACUUGCAACUGCCAACACAGUAGCAGGGGCAUGUGCAGGUGCAAGGCAAGUUGAGGUCACAAUUAAUGGAAUUGGUGAGAGAGCUGGAAAUGCUUCACUUGAGGAGGUGGUAAUGGCCUUACAAUGUCGUGGAGAGCAUGUGCUUGGAGGUCUUCGUACUGGAAUCAACUCGAGACAUAUCUUUUUGACCAGCAAGAUGGUAGAAGAGUACACUGGUUUGAACGUACAGCCACACAAGGCUAUUGUCGGAGCUAAUGCUUUUGCUCAUGAAAGUGGCAUCCACCAGGAUGGAAUGCUUAAGCACAAAGGUACUUAUGAAAUCAUAGCCCCUGAAGACAUUGGCUAUGAACGAUCCAAUGAUGCUGGUAUUGUUCUAGGAAAACUUAGUGGACGACAUGCCCUUAAAAGUCGACUUGUGGAGCUUGGUUAUGAACUUGACAAUGAGAAACUCGAUAACGUAUUUUGGCGUUUCAAAGCAGUAGCUGAACAAAAGAAGAGAGUUACAGAUGCUGAUAUUCGAGCGUUGGUAUCUGAUGAAGUUUUUCAACCAAUUGUUCUUUGGAAGCUGCUAGAUUUGCAGGUCACUUGUGGAACUCUUGGUCUUUCCACUGCUACAGUUAAACUCCUUGAUGCUGAUGGGGAAGAGCACAUUGCUUGUGCUGUUGGAACGGGCCCUGUAGAUUCAGCUUACAAGGCUGUGGAUCUCAUUGUUAAGGAACCAGCAACACUUCUCGAGUAUUCAAUGACUGCUGUCACUGAAGGUAUCGAUGCAAUUGCCACGACCCGUGUUCUAAUAAGAGGGGAAAAAAGUUACACAGCUACUCAUGCAUCGACUGGAGAAUCAGUUCAACGAACAUUUAGUGGUAUUGGAGCAGGGAUGGACAUAGUUGUAUCAAGUGUGAAGGCCUACAUUGGUGCCCUAAACAAGAUGCUUGGUUUCCAUGGAGUUGACAUCAAGGUAACUGAAAAGAAAACAUUGUCUGCAUAAGAAAAUAUUGAUUUGAAGGAGGGAUGAUGGUGGAAAUCUUGCACUCUCAAACCAAUCAGACAGGCUUGAAAGGUUCGAUUAUUCUCUUUAAGGAUUUUCAAGCGAAUAAGUUUCAGCAUCUAAUGUCGUUUGUAAUUGAACUGUUUGUGUUAUUUGGACCAUUUUUGAACUUUGGUAAAUUUUGUUUUCGUUACAGUUAGCUUAUGUGUCUUUGUGGAGAAGUACCUGUUUUAGUGUUGUCGUUGAUAGACACUGAACUUGCUUUAUUAGUAACUAAAUAUUUAAAGGCUUUAUUUAU